AGCUCCUUCUCUGUGAUCCAUUGUUCGGCCUGGAUUAAAUGAGGAAGCGGACGUUGUCAGACAAGCACGGAGCUAACGCAGCUAGCUGGGACAAACAAAACUGGUUUACCCGUCGCGUUUCUCCGCAGACAACUGCUUAGUUUUAUAAACGGUCUCGCUUUGACAGGUGGAUGCUCAUGUAGGAGGGCAGGCAGCUGCUAUGUUGACCGGGCCGGGUGCAUUUGGAGGCUCUUCCUUCCUCCAGGCUGACGAUGUCGGUGGGACUCGCUAGUUACGCCUGAACUCUCUUCGGCGCUGCUGCUGCUGCUUCACAAGUUGGCUGUUGUUGGACACUCAGCUCGGGGAAUGACGACGCACGGCGUGUCCCAGGACCCCUCACAGGGUGCAGGGGAGGGGGGAGAGCUAGUACACAUGUUAUCUAAAGAGACCCCCGGGUCGCCGGAUGCCUCUGAGUUGGGGAGCCCGCGGAGUACACCAAACUUUGACCUCUUCAACAUGGUUGUGUCCUAUAAGAGAAUGGCUCUGCUUAUAGAACCGGUUGCAGAUGCAGUGGAGCUGACGCGCUUCCUGCUCGGAUGGAAGAUGCCCGUGUGCUCUCUGCUUGUCUGUGUAUUCCUCAAUGUCUUCUUCUGCACUGUUAAUGAAGUGGGCUGGUUCACUGUGGGUGUAGUGGCACUGACGGCGCCUGCUGCCCUGGGUUACCUGCAGGACAGGUGUGGGGGCAGAGCCUCAGACGCUGAGCUCCAGAGGAGGCGCUACUACGCUGUGUACCGCAGAGACCGGCAGACGGUGCAUCUCACCAAACAGGAGGCCAUGCUGGAAGUCAAACAACUGUUGAAGCAGCUGGAUGACAUGCUGUCCUCUGCCUGCCUGUCUGCAGAAGCUAUUUACGAGGUCCUAUACUGGGACAAUCACACCAAGUCGUCAAGCACUGUAGAUUUUGACACUUCUAAGGCAGGAAUGACGACGCACGGCGUGUCCCAGGACCCCUCACAGGGUGCAGGGGAGGGGGGAGAGCUAGUACACAUGUUAUCUAAAGAGACCCCCGGGUCGCCGGAUGCCUCUGAGUUGGGGAGCCCGCGGAGUACACCAAACUUUGACCUCUUCAACAUGGUUGUGUCCUAUAAGAGAAUGGCUCUGCUUAUAGAACCGGUUGCAGAUGCAGUGGAGCUGACGCGCUUCCUGCUCGGAUGGAAGAUGCCCGUGUGCUCUCUGCUUGUCUGUGUAUUCCUCAAUGUCUUCUUCUGCACUGUUAAUGAAGUGGGCUGGUUCACUGUGGGUGUAGUGGCACUGACGGCGCCUGCUGCCCUGGGUUACCUGCAGGACAGGUGUGGGGGCAGAGCCUCAGACGCUGAGCUCCAGAGGAGGCGCUACUACGCUGUGUACCGCAGAGACCGGCAGACGGUGCAUCUCACCAAACAGGAGGCCAUGCUGGAAGUCAAACAACUGUUGAAGCAGCUGGAUGACAUGCUGUCCUCUGCCUGCCUGUCUGCAGAAGCUAUUUACGAGGUCCUAUACUGGGACAAUCACACCAAGUCGUCAAGGUUCUAUGCAGGGAUGUUAAUAUUGGCGUGUCUGCUCUACGUCGCUCCUGUGGGCUGGGUGUUCGCCGGUCUCAACAGCGUCAUCUUCCUGUGGAACAGAGACUUCUGCAGAGUUUUGUUGGACCUCAGAAAGCUGUCCUACAUGGGUCAGGCCCAGACCUCAGAGGGGGCAUGUGAAGUGCAGGAACAGGGCAACUUGUUGGACAGGACCCCUACACCAACUAGUCUGGAGGACCUGUCUCCUGGCAGUGUGGAGGAAGCUGAGGAGGCAGAGCCUGAUGAUGAAUUCAAAGAUGCCAUUGAGGAGGAUGAUGACGGGCCUCUUGGAGCUCCCGAGUAUGACACCAUCUCCGAAAAUGGUCUCUUGAGCCGCAAUGAACCAAUACGCAGCAAAGUGUCCAAACUGACAGAGAAACUGCGUAAACGCUACCCCACCACCAGCACAGGCAACUGUUCUAGCUGCAAUGCUGUCUUCUCAGUGCUGAAGAAAAGGAGGAGUUGCAGUAACUGUGGCAACAGCUUCUGUUCCCGAUGCUGUUCUUUCAAGGUGCUGAGAUCUUGCAUGGGGGCAACAGCUCCAGAGGCACAGAGAGAGACAGUAUUUGUUUGUGCUGCCUGUAAUUCCUCUCUCAUCAAGUUACAGUGAGCUGGCAUGUCAGUCUUGUCUCCCUGUGGCCAGCUGGAGAUCAUUCACUGUUCAUACCUGAGCCCCAGUCCAAGUUACUGAAACCCUACUUGCCUUGGUUUUCAGGUUAAGGCACUUCUGUCUGUCAAGAUAUCUAACUCCAAGAACCCCCCAUACCUUUACCAGUCAUAUCCCUCCUUAGCUACUCAUGCUGCUUAUGGGACAUCUACUGUAAUAUGUUAAAUAUUUCCUGUUUCAAGUCUCAAUGAAGAACUGGACCUUCUGAAUCAAUGAGAUUAACUACAGAGCACAGUGGCACCAAAAUCAACAGACCUGUUCCGUUUGCUGAGCAGAGGGAGGUGCAGAGUAUGCAGGGUGGAGGCCAGAAUUGGACUGGUUGUGUCGGGCAAUAUAAACAAGAUUAUAGGCUGCCUGUCUACGGUUUUGCUUUUACUUUGUUGAUUCCGCUUGAAUCAUGACAUUUUCAGCCCCAUGUUGCAGUUUAACAGUACUGUAAUGCUGAGAGGACUCUCAGCAUUAGCGGCUGGCACUGUAUACAUUUAGUUAUAGGUUUUUAGAUCGGGGAUGAAUGCGAUGGAGUGAUCAAAAGGCUGGCAGUGUGAAUUUGCUUUGUUCAGAUGAACAAAAUAACAUACAACCGAAACAAGCUCUACAUUUAGCUUCUAUUGCCACAGUGUGCGCAGGCUGGCUAGCUAAACUCAGAAAUUUUGUUUGCUCCAAUAAACUUUGACCUGCAGCUGGUCAACAAUGUCAUGUGAUUAGUUCUGGGUUUGUCCAAGUUUUUGGGGACACUGCUUUUAAUUUUCUUGUUUUACUAGGUUUGUCUACUGCCACUGCAAACCACAUUUUCCUCAAGUUGGUAAGUAUACAGGCUCAGAGAGCAAAUGGCACAUUUUUAAAUGGUGUUCCCACCAACUAAAAGAGCUUACAUGACAUAACUGGAAUAGAUAUAACAUGCCAUCAAGCAGUUAACUCUAUGGCAGUACUGAGAGUGCAUGGCCUGCGGUGAAUCAUAUUACAUUUUUGACAAGUUGCCGGUGUUCUGGAGGGCGGUGAACGAGGUUUGUGAACAUUUUGAUCCCAGAUUUGUUUUGCGGAUCAGUUUUGGUUGUAAUAAUCAUUUUUCUGGUGUUGACAUGUCAUAUUAGCGUUUUUGAAGUAUAGCAGCAGCCUACAGGUCAAAGAAACUGCUAGAGGUCCCUGGAGCCCGUGGACUUCCUCUAACUGGAUCAAAGUCGACCCAACUGGUUUAAAGUUGUUUAAAUGGACUGAGCAACCAGCUGGAAUUGUCAUCAGAGCCUCACACUCUUGCAAGGGGGACUUAAAAGAAUUGAUGUGGAGGCAUUUUAACCCAAGAUGUGGAUCUUGUUGGUAAAGUUUUCAUCAAGAUCCAGACACAGAUGAUUGUAAUUGUUUGCUUUUAUUGUAAUCAUGUAUCAAGUUUUACUCUAAACUGUACUACUAUAUCUAUUAUAUUUAAUUUAAAAGUCCAGAAAGUGCAAGUUAUUUGACUUAAUAAUUAAUUCUGUAUAUAUUGCCCUGAUUUUAUGGAUGAACCUAUGCUAUUAUUGAAAUAAACUCUGAAGGUUUGAUUAACUUAAAGUCA